AUUGUAUGUCAAGCCAACGGGAAUGCAACGAUGACGACGUUGAUGAUUGUUGCUGAUAUAAUAUGUGGUAGCAAGUCGAAUCACUUUGAACUACUAUUGAUGGAUGAGCGAUUUAAGUAACCCGUUUGAGAUUUGUUUCAUUCAGUAAGGGAUUGAACCUGUUCAAGUUAAGGCGAUGCUGCGUUUUGUGAUCGUAUUGUGUUCAGUGAUCAGUUGGGUUUAUGCAGCUCCGACUGUGCAUCUGGGGGAAUCGGACUCAGACGUUUACGGGUACAGCACGGAGCUUCCGCUAAUCAUAGAUCCGAUAGUUGUGACAACGAAGCCCAUAGUUGAAACAUCUUACGUAAACCCAGUGACCAUGGAUUCCAUUCCAUGGACGGCUACAACUGCUCAACAGCCUGCAUUCCAACAACCGCAGCCGCCAUUUCAGCAUCACCAUCAAGCCCAUCAACCCCAACAGCCCCAGCAACCUCACCAACCCCAGAUCCAAUACUACUAUUAUCAGCCCCGGUAUCCGUACAACAUGCACCCUUAUCAGGUGCAACCGGCGCACGGGUACCAGUGGCAAAACACGGUUCCACUGCAGCAGCCUGUCAUACAGCCGGAAAAUACCAACGUUCUGCCCUGUACCAAUCCUUACCACCACAGUGGUGGUUAUCAGCAGUACGGUUAUUGAUGCGGUUCCCAUCAAAAGGGAUCCCCCGACUCCGCAACAAAUUGUCAGAGCUACAUAAAAGCAAAAACUCGUCAAUUAUCCUCCACACAGCUCUAAUUUUACGAAUGAAAUCACUUCAAAGUCCACUUUGCCCACCGCACUCCGAUUGUGUACGUACAAUUUAAGCAACGAAACGAAAAGCUUCCAAAGCUUCCGAAAAUCUUCCACCGAGAAGGGCCGCAGUUCUGGGUUUCCCUGCGUUGCUGGGUGGGCAAACAUAGCCCGACUCUUGUAUAAGCAUGGAAAGCGAAGAAAUGACGACAGCUUAGAAGCACUCGAUUAAAUUCAAACAAUUUCGAUAAUACCGCGCCACCCCGCAACUGCUAUCGUUACUCAUUGUUGCAGCUUGACGAUGCUGGUUGGAUCACUUCGGCGUUCUGAACGAAGAUUCAAAUGAUUUUCAGAAGCAAAAGGAAACUGGGUAUUGAUUAGUUUACAUACGAAGGUGGAUAAUCAUCCUCGUCCGGGCUGAAAGAAAAGCAAUUUACAUUUCGAGAAUAAAAACGACAAUACCUUUCAACUGCCGCUGUUCCACUCAA